GGCUGCGAGCGCUCGACCGCUCCAGCAGUGAGGCGUCAGACAGCUGCCCCUAGCGCACCGCAUCCUGCGUCCGCGAGUCCGUUCGUGUGUUGCGAUGAAGCAACAAGAAAAGCUUUUAGCAAGUACAUAUAAUGCUAAAGUUACCCAAAGGUCUUAAGAAGAAGAAGAAAAGUAAAAAAUCGAAGCGCAAAGGGGACGAAGAUCUUUUUACCGAAGCAGAUUUAGAGAAAUAUAGAAGAGAACAUCAGCAACAAGCAGAAAACGGAGAAGGUUCUGUGAAACAGAAUGAAGAGUGGUCGAAGUUCAAAGACUUAACAACAGGCAUUGAUUCAGUUCUAAAUAAAACCAAGGAUGAUUUAGAUCGUAUAAAGUCUACAUCAUUUUUUCAAAGAAUUACAGUUAAAAAAGAAAUCCAAGCAGUCGAAAAGGAAAAACCUGUAAGAACAGUUGUUGAAGUAACAGAAGCGGAUUUUCCACAUUUGGUUCAGGCUGCAACGAAAGAGAUCGAUGGAGAUAAGAGUGAGUACGGUGUGACAGAUGAGGAAUCGGACGAAGAAGAUGAUUCCGACAUUUUUGACACUUCAUACAUUGAAGCAGUUCAACGUGGAGAAGUAAAAUUAGCGUACGUUCCUGAUUCUCCAGAAGAAUUGAAGGACGACGACAUUUUUGAUACAUCGUAUGUUAAUGCAUUAAUAAAGGGCCAAGAGAGUAAAACAUCUAAAGGCAGAAAAGAAUUAGAUAUUGGUGUUGCAGUGGAGGUACUUACUGGUCGUAUUGAUAAUGUGAAAAUUACAACGGCUAAGAAAUCUAAAAGAACCAUACCAGGAGAUUUAUUAUUAGAAAAUGACGAAACAAUAUCAAGUACAGCAGGCAAAUCCGUUGAAGAACUAGUUGAACAAAGUAUAUUAGAUAUUGAUAGUGAUAUACCUAUUGACGCACCAAUAGAUUUGACCUCAUCUUUAGUAGUCCCAGUAAGAAAAGAGGCUGAAGAUCAUAUUGAGUCAAAUCCUGAAAUCGUAAAAGAGGAUACACUUGCAGUUGAAGAGUUCGAUGAAUUUGCACAAUUGGCUGUAGAAUCUUUAGAAACGAAGGACUUAGCAAUUAAAUUGGAUGAAAGAGAGAUAAAACUUGAGCCUGUUUUAGAAGAUUCUUGGUCUGCAUUUGAAGCGAAUACUAAAGAGUCAGUGUUUGCUGAAGGUAUUGUUGAAGAUCAACUUGAUGUUCUAGAUCCUUAUCAAGACGAUCCUUUUGAUACCAGUUUCGCUGAUGCCGUAGUGGGUAACACUCAGACAAAAAAAUAUAGACAAGAAACUGUCAUACUAGACGAAGACGAUGAUUUCGAUCCUCGUGCUGAGGAAGUUCAAACACGAUUAAAUAACCGCAGAAAAUCAUCUGUGCGCAUACAUUUAACUGAUCCUUCUGGUAUCAGAGAAUCAAUAACAUCUGACGACGCUAUAGACACGACCACAACUGAACAAUACCGUGAUUUUCUUGGAGGUAGUACCACUGACCUUACAAAAUUAGAAGAUUCACCGUUGGCUCCAAUUAAUGCAAAAGAUAUAGACCCCUUUGAUACUACUCUUGUUGAAAAUAUCGUAGAACCAGGAAAAAUAGAAUUGAAAUUCUUAGAAAAAGAGCUAAUAACUUCUACACCAACAGCUAUUUAUCGAGUGCCAAGUGAUCCUGACUUUGAUCCUCGAGCUGAGGAGCCAAUAUCAUAUGAGAGGAGGGCUUCCCGUCCAGAAAACUUAACCGUUGGAAAAAACGUUGUUUUUAACAUUGAAAGCGCUCGUUGUGAGAUUUCAAAUACAAAACAGAAACCAGUAAAGCCAGUUACUCCUUAUUAUACUCGUGAAUUAUCUAUCACGGAAAAUACGAAUGAAGAGUCUUUAAUUCACGACAAGGCAUUAUCAAGUUUACAAAGGGCCCACUCAGACGAAGACUUAGCAUUAAAUUUUACUCGGGAGUCGAAAAGACGUCAUUCUGAAUAUCCUCAAUCAUCUAAUAAAAACAUUGUACUAAAAACAGAUCUUCUUAAUAGUGAAGGCGCGGAAAUUCAAUCAAAGGUUUUAACUCCUGCACCUAUAGAUGAAAAUAAUAGUGCAGCGGCUACUCGAGUUGAAGUAGAUCCGUUUGAUACUUCCAUUGCAAAUAAUAUUCAGCCAGGUAAAACUGAAUUACGUCUACUAGCGAAAGAAUUCUCUACUGAAAAGUCUGAUAACCUAAAAAUUGAAGAAGAUACGGAUUUUCUAGAGACUGCGGACGACCUAUUUCAAGUUAAGGCACUUACACCAGAACCUUUUAAUGAAGUAGACAGAUCCGAAGACUUUGACCCAUUUGACACUUCAUUUGCAACUGAUAUUGCUCCAGGCAAAACUGAAGUAAAGCUUUUGGAAAGUGAAUUUUUAAAUUGAUAAUCCUAAGAUUUCACAAUGGCAUUUAAUCCAUUCUUAUCGAUGAAUGAGCCAGUAGCUCCAAUCUCAGCUGAUGUUCUUAAUCCGUUUAUGGUGACCGACGAGAAUCCAGAUUUCACUUCAAAUGAAAAUCCAUUUUCAAACAGUAAUCCAUUUUCUGAUUUUGGAAAUAGCUAUGAACCACCUAUGGGCGAUACAGUUCCUAUUGAUAUUUUUAAUAGCUCUGAACCAGUAAAUGUAGGAGCGAAGCAAUAUAAUGAAGUGAACAGUUCCCACAUUAUAUUUGAUAAUCAAUUCACAUCGAGCGAAAUAUUAAGUAAGCCGAAUGAAUUGAAUCUGGUUUCUUCACCAAUGACUGGUGAUUCCAACUUGGACCAUGAAAUCAGCAUGUCAAAUAAUUCACGACCAUUGCCAACAGAAACACAAAAUUUAAUUCUUAGUGUUACAGGACAUAUGGAAUUUACUAGUUCCCAUUUACUGGAUCGAAUUCCACCUACACGGACACCUAGCCCUGUUUCUGUUCGUGAUAUUCAGUCUCCAAGUCCAAUACCAGAACCAGAUAAUAUAUCGACUGAUGAAACGUAUGCUCCAUCAAAUCCAGAACCAACUCGCAGCAAGCCCACUCGGCCACCUCCUGCGCGUCCACCUCGACCAGCACCUCCCCCAAGGCCUCAACCACCACCACAACAAACUCAAACAAUUGAUGACAUAAACCUUUUUGAUGCUCCAGUACCUGUAAUAGUUAAACCUACGAAGGAAGCAAUUCUAAGCCUGUACUUAACUCCUAAGCCCGAAGAAAAACCAGUUGAUUUCUUGAGCGAUGAUAUCCCAGAUAUAACAAGUAAUGUGGUUAUGUCUGGCUCUAACGGAAGUAAUGAAGUGGAAACUAACCCGCUCUAUAUGGACGAAACCAGUGAUAGAGUAGAUAAUAAUACUAUGAAUAUAAACGAUGAUAUACCCAAGGAAAACAAUAGUAUUUUAUCAAUGGAUUCGUCAGAGCCAUCAAUGAAUUCAAAUAUUGCUAACGUAUCCUCUUCAUUUAGCACCCAAAUUGAAACUGAUACCUCAAUUAUAAAAAGAUCACAGGAUUUGGAAAAAAAUCCAUUUGAAUGUGCAGAUGAUUUAAAUGAUAGCUCAGGUUUUGAAACCUCGGCUGUUAAUAAUAUAUUUGCGAUAGAUUCAGAAGAAAGUGAAAAGCCUGUGCUGCCGAAUAGUUUGCAAACUAAUAAUACUAUCAAAAUCGACAUUAAUAUUAUUGAUAACAAACGAGAUUCACCAAUGGACGUGGAACUUGAUUCUUGUGAUAAUUCUCAAAUAGCUGCUGAAUAUAUUUCUUACAACCAAGCUGAAACACCUACAUUACAAACAGAAAAUGACACAAAAUUCGGAUGGGGAACAGAACCAAUGACACAAGAUUAUCGUACAGAAUCACAGAACAUAUUUUCAUUACCGAAUAACGCUUUUCCGGAGUCCUACAACGCAAUUCCUGUUUCACAAGACGCUUUUCCGGAAUCAGAUGUUGAGAUUCCGGAAACACAAGAAAAUAAUUCGAAAACAGAUGAUUAUUUUCAAGAGUCCCAAGAAGCUUUUCCUGAUUCUCAAGAUGCUUUUGAUGCUUUCUCGGCAAAAUUUGAUUCUGCAAAUACAAAUCAAAUGGCCUCUGAUGCGUGGGGCGUUGGAAGCGCGCCGGACGCUGCGGCGAGCGGCUUCGAAGCGGAGGCGUUCGACUCGUUCCUGCAAAUGGAGGCACCGCCCCCUCCCGCUGCCACGCCACAACUCGAGCACCGCAGCUCAAGGGACUCCACUGACGACACCUUCUCAGUGUUUAUCAGACCCCAGCAAGCGGAAGCGGGCGACUCCGGGCUGCCACCGCCGCUGGCGCCCCCGCCCCCGCGCGCGCAUCCGCCGCUUGAGUCCCCGCGAGCGAACCCCUUCGACGAGGCCCCCAGCGCGGGAAUCCCCACACGCCCGGAGCGCUGCGUCCCGGAGACACAAGAUGUGGGUCGAAGUCGCGAGGGACGCGAUGGUGGAGACACUCCCCCCACCCCUCUAUUCGAUGAGGACGUGUCGGUGCCGCUGGAGGAUUUCCCACGCACCACCUACAAUGGCCCCGGCUGGGAGAUGCAUCUUCGACAGCCCAACAAAAAGAAGAUCACGGGACAGAGGUUCUGGAAGAAGGUGUUUGUGCGGCUGGUGACGACGGGUGACACGGCGGCCGUGCAGCUUCUUAACAGCGCGGGAGACAAGCAGCCACUGCAGGAGCUGCCACUGCAGGCGUGCUACUCUGUGUCCGACGUGGGAGCGCAGCAGUUCGACCAGUUCGGCAAGAUCUUUACCGUCAAGUUGCAAUAUGUCUUCUACAAGGAGCGCCCGGGCGUGCGGCCUGGGCAGGUGACAAAGGCGGAGCGCAUCACGAACAAGCUGUCCCAGUUCGCGGCGUACGCCAUCCAGGGGGACUACCAGGGAGUCAAGGAGUUCGGCAGCGACCUACGCAAGCUGGGCCUGCCCGUGGAACAUGCGCCCCAGGUUUCGCAGCUGUUCAAGAUCGGCUCUCUCAACUAUGAGGACGUGAAGCAGUUCUCGUGCUGCGUAGAGGAGGCACUGUUCCGGCUGUCGGCGCACCGCGACCGAGCCCUCACCUACAAGAUGGAAGAGGUGCAAAUAACUGCGGUGGACGAGCUGUACGUGGAACAGGACGCUGAGGGCAUCGUGCUGAAGCAGAUCGCGCGAGUCCGGCUCUUCUUCAUCGGCUUCCUCAGCGGUAUGCCUGACGUGGAGCUGGGCGUGAACGACCUUCGGCGACAAGGGCGGGAGGUGGUGGGUAGACACGACAUCAUCCCCGUCGCCACGGAGGAGUGGAUCCGCGUGGAGGACCCUGAGUUCCACGCCUGUGUGCAGCCCGCGGAGUUCGCGGCCACACAGAUCAUCAAGUUCAAGCCGCCUGACGCGUGCUACAUCGAGCUGAUGCGGUUCCGUGUGCGGCCACCCAAGAACAGGGAGCUGCCACUCCAGCUCAAAGCGGUCUGGUGCGUCAUCGGAAGCAAGGUGGAGCUCCGCGCAGACGUCCUGGUGCCAGGGUUCGCGUCGCGCGCGCUGGGCCAGGUGCCGUGCGAGGACGUGGCCAUCCGCUUCCCCAUCCCCGAGUGCUGGAUUUACCUGUUCCGUGUCGAGAAGCACUUCCGCUACGGCUCGGUCAAGUCUGCGCACAGACGGACGGGUAAAAUCAAAGGAAUCGAACGGUUCCUCGGCGCGGUGGACACCUUGCAGGAGUCGCUGAUAGAGGUGACGUCGGGACAGGCCAAGUAUGAGCACCAGCACCGCGCCAUCGUGUGGCGCAUGCCGCGGCUACCCAAGGAGGGGCAAGGCGCGUAUACCACGCACAACCUGGUGUGUCGUAUGGCGCUGACGUCGUACGACCAGGUGCCGGGCGAGUUGGCGCGGUGGGCUCACGUGGAGUUCACGAUGCCAGCCACGCAGGUGUCGCACAUGACCGUGCGCUCUGUGUCGCUGCAGCAACACGACGGAGACCCACCCGAGAAGUACGUGCGCUAUCUAGCGCGCCACGAGUACGUCGUGGGUAUAGAACGUACCACAGAGCAGCAGACGGCGGCCUAUACCCUGGCAGCGAGUGUGCCCGAGGCCAAGCGUGAGCCGGCGCCCGCUGCACCCUCCCCGCUGCCCGCGCCUUCCGAGUCCGACUCCGACUCGGACUAGAUGCUCGCGGCGCCUGGACAUUAGAGGAGGGGGGAGUGCUGGUCAUAGAAGCAACGUAGGACAAUGUUGUGUUUGAACAGUUCCAACAUUAACGUUGCACUGUGUGAAGUGAUUCGAUGAUGCUCGUAGGUACUUUAAUUUUAAACGAAAUCAAAAAUGUUUUAUGAUCUGUUAAAUAAUACUCAACUCUACUUAUCUACUGCGUUCAUCUUUAUGGCGCGCUAGGCCUUAUGGAUGUAUUCGUGUAGAAUUAUUAAUAUAGGAUCACAUAUUUCUAUAUCUCUGAAAAAAUUGAUGAUUUUAUGAGAGAGUCCUGUAUACGCAUACAGAAAAAAAUGUAGGUAGGUAUACGUUAUAAAAAUAUGAUAUAUUAUAUGUUGUAUCGGAUUCGUAUAUCUUUCUUCUAACAUAAAAGUAGUUUGGUAGAAGAACCUACCUUUAGUUCAACAAAAACUUGAUAUAUACAAGUAUCUAUAACUUAUAUGUACUAGGCCUCUGUUUAUAAUAUAUCGUCACUGGUACUAUAUACGUUAUACUAGGUUUAUGUGGUGUACGUAACACAAAUUUACAGCAUUAGUACGUAUAUACAUGUAAAAACGAGUGGUUAAUUUAACAUUGACACUUAACUCAUGUGAUUAUUAUUUGUACCUAAAUGUUAUUAUCUAAGCCACGUAGUGAUCUAAAUGAAUAUAACUAGGUAUUACAUAUUAUUGUACCUAGAUAGCUAUGCGUCGAGUAACCAAGCACUACAUUGUUUCUGUCAUAUAUGUUAUAGUACAAUACAGUAAGUAGUCGUGCGGAAUUAUAAUAAUAAGUAACUAGCUACGUUUAUAGGUAUUUAGCGGACAUAAAAGGAACUGUUGUAAAAAGGUUUGAUUCCAAUUUAUUGGUCGGUCACUGUAGAUUGAUAGUUGAUACGUAGUAGCUAUACGCACUAACUCCGUAGAUGUUAAUUAUAUUUAAAUUUAACAUAACGAUAGAUCAUCCCGAUGUCUACCUACUACAAGUAACUACUUAUUUGUUAUAAUGCUGUUUUAGGUGAACAGAUUCAAAGUUUAGUGAAGCACAAUCAAGCGGCUUUCGGAAAUGUUAUAUUUUGUUUCUAUAAAAAAAUAGCUAGUAACAGCGUGUACAGUGUGAGAGAUUAUAAUUACAUGUUUGUCGUAGAUAACUAGAUAUGUAAGCAAUAUACAUACAUACAAAUAUAUAUUAUAAUGAUUAGCGAGUGUUUUGUAGCCGCAGUGCUGCGAGCUGUCAGAUGUCAGCUGUCAAGCUGUCAACUGUAAAGACAGUGGCGCGACCGGCUGUGGCUGGUCGCCGGACAUGUACAUACGUAGACAGAUCACAGAUAUAUAAAGCGCUACGUUCACCUGUCGCUAGAAUAGGGCGGGAGAACCGCAUGCCGCGUGGGAGCUGAUCAAAAACGCGUGUGCGAUGACUGACUUCAGUCUGCACGUUCUUAUACAACUUUCAUAAUAUUGUUGCUUCAUUCAGCAGUCAUCGUACAUAAAUAUAAUUUAUAAACGACGAGAUUAUCUACAAUGGAAUGUAAUAUUAUUAUAACAUUAUGUAUCUAAUAAUAAUAAUAAUAAUAAUAAUAAUAAUGUAUUAUGUAAUAAUAAAUUAUUAAUGUCUGCACUAGAGCCUGUGGGAGUGUCAUGUCUCCCCUUAUAAUAUUUAUUUGUUCUGUACUUAUGUAUGUAUGUAGACGCGUGAUUAAAUAAAUCAAUAAUUACCAAAGUAUUUACCUAAUUAUAUACAACUAUUUAGCUUAUAUAUUAUCUAUGUAUUUGUCAUAACUAUAACCUAACAAAAUAUAUUGUAAUCAUUAAAUGUAGGUAGCUUAGCAGUUGGAUGAAAUCGAAAAUAAAGAUACUUAUUAUAUUAAUAUAAUAAAUUAUAUCAAAAUACUUAUAAUAUCAUAUUAUUGUUUAGUGUUCUAAAAAAAUGUAACGUUUAUUUAAAUAAAAUAUUUUGUUAAGGAUUGAAAUGCUUGUAAUUGUAGCUCUUAAUUGUAAUUUAUGCAUUGGUAUAUUAAGCAAAAGAACUACCUAACUCCUAAGGCUCUGCCUCGGAGGAGUACGGGGUGGAAUGCAGGGUGAGGCAGGGAGGGUUGACCUUUCCCAAGCUCUUUAGCCUGUAUGUCAAGCGACUGAUCGAUAAGCUCAUCAGCUCCAGCAUCGGGUGUCAUAUUGACGGAGUGUGCGUGAAUAACAUUAGCUACGCAGACGAUACGGUGCUGCUGAGCCCAUCGAUUGGUGAUUUACGAAGGCUUCUAAAAAUUUGUGAGCGGUAUAUAUUAUGCGGUAGCGUAUCGGCUCAAAUACAACGCGAAAAAGAAACGAUACACAUUCAUUCCGAUCAGUUUAUAUUGUACAGCUCUAAAUAAAGUAAAGCAAGUGAAGUUUUUGGGUCACUGGGUUACCGAGGACCUCAAUGACAAUGUAUACAUUGAAAGGGACCGCAGUGCUGUCUGCCCGAUAUUUCGUGACCUCCUUUUUUCUGUCAGUAAAAUCUAACUUUUACAUAAAAACGUAAUGUGAAAUUAUUAUACGCGUUUUAAUCCUUUAAAAAGUAUUUAAUUUAAAUAAAUGUGUGCACUCGCGUUGAUAAAAAAAUAUACUAAGUAUUACGUUCUAUCUGUUAGUCUUUGUUUACCUAACUCUAAGAUAAAGUGUAGAUAUGCAGUGCGAUCAAGUGUGAAAGUACUGCAUACCUACAGUACACUAGUCUGACCUAUACUUAUUAAUGUUGCGUCUGGUUAAAUACAUUCUGAAUACUAUGUAUGUUUUAUUAUCACAAUAAUAAAGUUAGUUUUGAAGUACAAAGUAGUCGAUUUGGUCCAAAUAUUCCGUGUGAGGUAGAGAGAGCGACCCGACACGUGGCCGGUGGGCGGAGCCACACGACCCGUACGACCGCAUCAGUUGAUGCCCGUCGGGUCAGAUCCGGACUCUUCUGAAGGUCGUUCGGUGAAAACUCAAGGGCAAUAAUUAGUGCAAGGAUAGUACCUAGGUGUGGACAGCUGUAUUUAUUGUUGUUGAAUUAAAUAUUCCCAUUGUAA